GCUCUCACGAUUACAUCGUAUAUUUGACGGAGGUGCUGCCCGUUCAAGGGGACUCGGAAAUUAUAAAUUUAAAUGUGACUUAACUUGUCUCACUUCUUUUAUUUCGGCAAGGUCGCGAACAAAAGCACCAGAUUGAGGUGAACGGUAAUUAUCACGGUACAGCAGAAACGAGCGUGUAUGCGUGGGUGCGCCUGUCUGCGCAUGCGCGAGCGUUCCCUUGGCAACGGAGCAGCGCUGCAGCUUCCUUCGUGUCGACGGCAUCUCUCACAUCAGACGUUGUUGAGCAGCCAUCGAGUCCGUGCGUUCCUGUUCUCCUCUGGAAUUUUUCUGGACGCAACGAACGUGAGCCGUUUUACUGAGGUGCUGCUCUAGAACGGAAACUACGAGAGGGUGCCCGUUGACUCGCAAAAUGGCAACUCCUCCGCCGUCAUCCUCUUCUACGCUGGACCCCCGAUUCUCAGUGCUCAGCUACGAUCAAGUCGUGCGACUUCAAAACGUGGUUGAGGCUCCCGUGGCUGUCCAUGGCCGCGGCAACUUCCCGACCCUGGAAACCCGCCUGCGUGACCUGGUGAUACGCGUCCGACGACGCCUGACCCGAGGAGGCAUCACAGUUCGGGACGUGCGCGUCAACGGAGGCGCGGCCUCCUACGUCUUGGCCCCCGAAGCCGCACCCGUGUAUAAUGACUUGGACGUGAUCUUCGGUUGCGAUCUCGGUGAGGGUGGCUUUGACCGGGUGAAAGCGGCAGUGCUGGACGCUCUCGGCGAACUUAUCGAGUGCUCGACGCCCGGUAGCAAGAGGCCGUCGCCGUGCGCCCUCAAAGAAGCCUACGUCCACAAAAUGGUGAAAGUGACGUCAGACGGCGACCGCUGGUCGCUCAUGUCCCUCAGCAACCCGCUCGGCCGCAACGUGGAACUCAAAUUCGUGGACUCCAUGAGGCGGCAGUUCGAAUUCAGCGUCGACUCUUUCCAAAUCCUUCUGGACUCCCUCCUCUUGUUCCUGGAGUGCGCGCCGCUCGCCGAGGGCUUCUAUCCGACCGUGGUCGCCGAAUCGGUCUACGGUAACUUCGCCGAAGCCUGCUCACACCUCUCCCGCCGCCUCAUUGCCACCCGCAGUCCCGAAGAGAUUCGCGGGGGCGGACUGCUCAAGUAUUGCCACCUUCUGGCGCGGGGCUUUCGCGCGUCGCCGACGACGCGAGCCCUGCAACGCUACAUGUGUUCGCGCUUCUUCAUUGACUUCCCCGAGCUGGGGACGCAGCGCGUGAAGCUGGACUCUUACCUCGCCAACCACUUUCCGGGUGACGCCAACGCGCGUUACGCCUAUCUCCUGACGUUGCAUCGGGUGGUGGACGAGUCGACCGUUUGCCUGAUGGGCCACGAGAGGCGGCAGACGCUGCUGCUCAUUCGUGACCUGGCCGCACGAUGUCUCCUCACAAUGGCACCGCAGCUGGAGGCGACCCAGACUGCUCCUGCCGUCUUCUACACCCCGUACGUUGGAUGGUUGACCCCGUCUGUCGUCUGACCCUCUUCGUGCUCCAACCCGAGCUUUUCCCAGUGGGGGACCAGCUCGGGGGGAGUGAAUCAAGUUUUAUGCACUUCGCAGCCAGACUACGUACAUCCUGGGACUUGUGGGCUCUUGUUCAGAUGAAAACUGUCUCAUUUGCCACAACAGCGAUUACGAAAGAAAAGAAAGGAAAAAAAAAGAAAAGGUGCAGGAUUGAAUUGCUGCUUUGUGAUCGUUCAUUGUGCUGGAGUGUGCGUCAGCUGCUGCUGCUGCUGUCUGGGGACUUGCUCCAGGUGAUCUUACUAUGCUGCGCGGGGCCAAGCAGGAACCCGUGAAGAGCUCCUAAUGUGAUCUUACUAUGUCCCGGUGGAAAUAUCAACUUCACAGGCAGUGACUUUGGGUCUGUUUGUGUGUGUGUGAAAUGAAAAAAAAAAAGUGCCAUGGGUUGGUGCUUGUUGUUCCAAUACAAGUGUGUAAAAUAAAAAAAGCUAAAACUGGGAAAACUUG